AUGUUUCAGCUGCUGCUGCUCGCCGCCGUCAUCUUCGGAGGAUAUUACCUGCUGACUCAGACUCUCUUCAAAAGAGCCAAAUGUAAAGGAAACGCAGCGAUGGCGGGGAAGACCGCCAUCAUCACAGGUGAGACACAUUUACUGCAGGUAUCACUGCCUUAGUACUAAAGGUUAAAGGGUUUGGACGAGUUUAAAGAUGAUUAAAGAUUUUUAAAAAGUCAAAAAAAUGAAAAGAAACAGAAAAAUAAUUUCUGUUUUUGUUAUUUAAGUUUUUAUUUUUUACUGUUAGAAAGUUUUUGGCCUCAAAGAUUUUAAUUCAGUAACUCUGAGAAUAUCACAGAACUAAAGAGUCAGGAGGAUUUUACAUCCUAACAGUUCAAGUAUAGAUAUUUAUUAGAUAUGUAUUAAUAGAGUAUUGAUGAAUUAUUGGACCAAUAACAGGCUGAACACAGAUGUUAGUACUCUGUAUUUCCUAAGAACUAAAACAUUUGAAUAAAAUAUCAACAUGAAUUUAAGUUUUUUUUUUUUAAUAAACAGAUUUUGUUUUAUUUUUAGUAUUUAGUUAGAAGCAAAAACCAUUUUAAUCAAAUAAGGUAGAAAAUUAUAAGAAAAGGAGAAAACAUGAAGAAAAAAAAAGGAAAAAGUGGGUCAAAUGUUUCUAAUCGAAGUGUUUUACCCUGAUAUUAUAUUUAUAUUCUGAUCAUUAAUAAACACAGAGGCUGAUUUAACGUUUACUUCUGUUGAAGUUUAAGUCAGUUAUUGAUUUUUAGACCUGUGAUGGCAGGUAACAGGCUGAUAUGUUUGUGUUUGGAGGGAAUCAAUAAAAUCAAAGUUUAUUAUUAAUAAAAUCAAAGUAAAUAAUCAAUAAAAUCAAAGUAAAUAAUCAAUAAAAUCAAAGUAAAUAAUCAAUAAAAUCAAAGUUUAUUAUCAAUAAAAUCAAAGUAAAUAAUCAAUAAAAUCAAAGUUUAUCAAAGUUAAUAAUCAAUAAUCAAAGUUAAUAAUCAAUAAUCAAAGUUUAUCAGUUAAUAAUCAAUAAUCAAAGUUUAGAGUUGAUCUUUGACUUGAACCCUCAGACCACCGUCUGUCUCUGACUCGGUCUCUCUGCCGCAGGAGGAAACACCGGCAUCGGUAAAGCCACGGCUCUGCACCUCGCCAGGAAAGGCGCCCGGGUGAUUCUGGCGUGCAGGAACCGGAACAAAGCGGAGGCGGCCAUCGCAGAGAUCCAGCAGGUUAGACCUUCGAAGGGUUAAUGUGGAGGAGGAGUGUCAGGAGCUCCUCAGACGUGUGAUCACUCGCUCUCUCAGACUCUCACAGGAACUGGUUUGGUCACUGGGAUCAGGUCUGAGUGUCGGGGUGAAACCUCCAGGAUCUGAUCUGAGAUAAUCCCACCAGACUACAGAGUCAGGGACCAGAACCUGGACUUUAACUGUUCUUAUGAAACUGAGAGACCUGCUGGUUUUUAUUCAGAUCCAGUUUGAGCAGGACUGGGAGAACCGGGACCCUUGAAUCAGGAUUAUCUCGAUCACAGUGGGGGGGGGGGGGGGGGGGGGAUUACAGGAUCUAAGAGUUAGAAAACAGGAAACAGAAACUUUCCCUUUAAAAAACUAAAAUUUCAAAGUUAAACUGAGAACAUCGUCUUUACUGUGAGACUCUGGUAGUUUUGGCGCCUCCUGUGGACAAAGUAUGAAGUGUUCUAUAGAGCUGUUGUAUUCUGUCUAUACAUGCGUGUGUACAUCUAUAUCUAUAUAUCUAUCUAUCUCUCUAUCUCUAUAGCUAUAUCUCUUUAUCUCUAUCUCUAUUUCUAUCUAUAUCUACAAUAUAUAUCUAGAUCUCUAUCUAGCUAUAUAUCUCUAGAUCUACAUAAUCUAUAUCUCUAUAAUCUAUAUCUAUUGAUAUAUAUCUCUAUAUUUAUAUAUAUCUAUAUAUCUUUAUCUCUAUAUUUAUCUAUAUCUCUCUCUCUAUUUAUAUAUUGAUGUAUGAAUAGAUAGAUAUAGAUAUAGAUACAUAGAUAGAUAUAAAUAUAGAUAUUGAGGUAUAGAUAUCAAUAUAGAUAUACAUAGAUACCUCAGGAUUUGGUUCUUGUUAUACCCUUCAUAUCCCUCCACUCAUUUCCUGCCUCUGUCCUUUCAAAAUAAAAGCAGAGGUCCAAAGGUAACCUCUGGUCGUGUCGUUGUUGUCGUCACAGGAAACAGGAAGUACAGACGUCUUCUACAUGCACCUGGACUUGGCGAGUCUGAAGUCGGUUCGUCACCUCUGUGAGAACUUCCUGAAGUCCGAGUCCAGACUGGAUCUGCUCAUCAACAACGCAGGUACGAACGAAACCGGCCAAUGAGAACAGCCGAUCUGUCACUGCUGAGGCGGGGGAGGGGACAGGUGUGUCUUCAUUAAACUCUUAAAUCUGGAGUUUUCUCUCUGGGGUUUGGUCUACAGACCUUCAGCAGACUGUCUAACAUGGAUGAAGGUUCGAUCACGAGUCAGAGUUUACGAUCUUUUCUUAAAGAGACAGGAAGUGAGCGUAGAGAGCAGCGAUGGAGACCAUGAAGUUCCUAAAUCUCUGUCUCCUGCAGGUCUGGUGGCUGACGGACGGACUGAGGACGGAUUCGGGAUCGAGUUCGGGGUCAACCACCUGGGUCACUUCCUGCUGACCUGCCUGCUGCUGGAGCGCCUGAAGGAGGCGGGAGGAGGGCGGGUCGUCACUCUGGCGUCCAUCGCUCACCGCUGGGGACACGUCGACUUUGACGUAAGAUUUCCCACCGACAGAAACAAACAGUCAGUCCGUUUCCAUGACGAUCGAGAAAAAAACGAAUUAUCGUCUUAUUCCGAUUAAAACCGGACAACUGAAGGUCACGUAAACACUUUAGUCCGACUAUAAUCAGAGUUUAAGAACUCUGAUUAAGACACACAGAUAAUGAGAUUGGAAUCCGAUUUUCUCUACCGUAUAACCAGCGUAGUCGGAGUAUGAUGCCACGCCCCCUUUAACCUCGUAACAAACCCCCAGAGUAGAGGAGUAGCGUUGGUCUCCUCUUUAGAAAAAGUAGCGCGUCCAUCAUGUCGGACAAAAACAACGCUGUACGAUGCUCCAUCUUCUUGUUUCUCCAAAAUGCCCAGCAGCAGUUGUAGACACUUCUGACGUCUGACACCGACCUGCUGUUGUUGUUGAAAAGACCCAUAUCGCCCCCUAGUGUUGGGGAGGAGGACACGUUCACGUCAAUAAUUUUCUCAGCUGCAUGUAAACGAGGACGAGGAGAGAAGUCUGAUUCAGAGAAAAAGACGAAUUAUGAGUUUAGUCUGAUUAAACUGAGACUGUAAACGAAAUGACUGACAUGAGCUGUAGGGGGCGCCGCACAGACUUCUGACACUUUUACAGUAAAACUGUUUCUGGAGCCGUGUUCUGACGUCUGAGACUGAUUUUAGAUUCAGAUAAAAAAAGGAUGUUAAAGGUUUUACUCUGAAAUAUGAUUUAAUUUCUAAAACUUCAUUUUUUCUGAUUUAUUGAUUUUAAUCUCAGAGAUGAACAAAUAACGAAUCAUCGAUCAGGUUUAUUGAUACAGAGUUUAUCAUCUCAGAGAGUUUCUCUGCAGACGUCGUCGUCGCUCCUCUGACUCACGUGUUCGAUCUGAGGAGCUCUGAGUGUCUCAACAGGUGAGCUCCACGCUCAGGUAAACUCUCUGUACAGGUGUGCUCUGUGCUCACGUACACUCAGGUAUGUUCAGGUAUGUUCAGGUAUGUUCAGGUGUGCUCCGUGAUGUCAUGUUAACUCGCACACUGACUCCGCCCCCUGCAGAGAACAUUCCUCCUCCAUUCACACCUGUGUUUAUGAUGUCAUCACAUGUGCUCUCCUGUCACCUGCGCUCAGCUCUGAUCCAGGUGAGAGGUGUUAACGUGGCGGCGGCGGUGUUGUUGUUGUCGCCCUCAGGCUCUGGCGGCGAACAAAGACCUGGGGACGGGCAGGUACAGCUGGCAGUUCUUCCAGGCGUACUGUAACAGCAAACUGUGUAACGUGCUCUUCACGCACGAGCUCGCCAAGAGGCUGAAGAAGACCGACGUCACCUGCUACAGCGUGCACCCAGGUAAGACGCCGCCCCCCGACACACUCUCAGUUUUAUUCUCUUUUACAGUUUUUCUUUGGCGUCCUUUAACCGUCUCCGCCCUCUCAGGUGUCGUCCGCACCGAGCUGUCCCGUCACGUCAGCCUGUGGCAGAAGGUCUUCAUCGAACCCGUGGCCCGCCUGCUGUUCCUGGACCCUGAAGCCGGCGCUCAGACCACGCUGCACUGCUGCCUCCAGGAGGGGAUCGAACCUCUGAGCGGACAGUACUUCUUCUGCUGCGAACCGCAGAACGUGUGCGCCAACGCCAAAGACGACGAGGUCGCCCGUAAACUGUGGGAGGUCAGCGAGAAGCUCUGUGGACUCUCCGAGAGACACUGA